ACGAAGAACUAGACACAUUAAAAAGCUUUUACAGGAGCGGCGUGUUUACACUGGGAUUUACAGGCUCUACAGGUAAACUGGGUCUUUUGUUGAUCUUAAUGUUGACACUCUUAACGGAUGGGACAGUGAGGACAGGUAUAGAUCAGCUGAUCUUCAGUAUAAAAGAUGAGCAGGGCUGGAGAUCAGUGAGAACUCUGUAGAAGAACUGGGUUGUUUAUUAAAGCUCAGUUAAAACUCUAUUAUUCCACUGUUUUAUAUUUUUUAACUGGAUCGUAUUUAAUUUAAAAUUUAUUUAUUGUUAAUUCUUUAGUGUUUUGGUUUAAACCAAAUUUAUUGUAAUUUAUUUUAUUUUAAAAAGCUGCCUAUUUUAGUGUGUUUUUUUAUUUCUACAGAAGAUCAGGAUGAUGUCCACGCAAAGGAUUAUCAAAUAUUUCAAUAUUUUAUAUUCCUUAAUUGUGUUGAUUGGAUCGUCUGCAGCUUGUGAAUCUCGGCGUUGUCUGGCUGAAGAGUUUAUUAAGAGGAAACUGUACAGUUCUCCUCAGCCUCCGGAGUGUGUGGUUAACGUGAAUCUCACAUCCAUCCAGUAUCAGACUCUCUCUGUCGACACUAAAGUUAUGCAGUUAUCGAGCCGGAUUAAGAUUGACAUGGAGUGGAACGACCCAGAUCUUGCCUGGUCAGACUCACAGUACACGUUUGAUGAAAUCAUGCUGCCAUUUAAUAAGAUCUGGACUCCUGACCUCAGCGUGGACAAUGCGGUAUACCUGGACGUGAAGCCCGUCUCUAAUGAUAUACUGGUGAAGCAGGACGGCACUGUGAACUACGCCAUCCUCAUGUACUCCACGGUCGUGUGUGGGAUCAAUCUCUUCACCUAUCCUUUUGUUCAGGGUGAAUGUCCUGUAGCCAUCAAUGGAUGGAAUCAAAGCUCCUGUGGCCUGCAGCUGGAGUACGGCUCGCUGUAUUUUGUGGGAGGAGAUCGAGGGGAGUGGCAGACCGUGUCUGUAGAACUUUAUAAGAACCAAGCUGAUGAUAAUCACAACUAUCUUCAGGUCAGCAUGUCCAUUAACCCGUUUAACGCCCUGGUGUCCCUGGUCCUGCCCAGUGCGCUGAUCAUGCUGGCUGAUCUGGUGAGUUUCGCUCUGCCGCUGGAAGGAGGAAGGCGCAGCUCCUUUAAAAUCACGCUGGUGCUGAGCUUCACCAUGUUCCUCCUCAUCCUCACCAACCACCUGCCCAGCGGCGAACACUGCAACCCUCUGAUACGUUAUCACUUCUGUUUCUGUCUGUUCGUGCUGGUGCUCAGUAUGCUGAUGUCGAUGGUGUUCACAAAGCUGGCAGCAGAUGGCACCAUCAACCCAUUCAAACUCCAAAAGAUGCCCAGAUCAGAUCUCAGUGUGAACUGUGCCGUAACGAAAUCAUCCGCCCUGAACAAAGAGGAGGAUUCUCUGGAGAAGAUCGGGAGUUUUUUGGAGAACAUGGAUAAAGAGGAGAAGAUGAUGAAGGAGAGGCAGAUCUACACAAACAAUCUGGAUAAAAUCUGCCUGUGGAUUUAUUUAAUCCUCGAUAUCGUCUACAGUUUAUGUAUUCUCAUUUUAACUAGAACAGCGAUGUGUAACUUUAAUAAUCUUGAUUUCUGGAACUAA